AGACGUGUAAGGCAAUGGCCUAACUGGCCUUACCACUGCCACGGUUCUGCCUCCCUCCCCCGCGCCGCCAGCUCCGCCGUCGAGCCUACGCCGGACUUCGAUUGUACCGCCGCCGCCUACUACACCAGCCUCUGCGUCGGUCGCCACACCUUCGACGACUGUCGCGCCUUCCGAUCCAUCCUCAGCGUCGACGAGCGCUUACGCGAGAGCGCGCCGCUGCCGAGCGUCUACGUCUCCGUCGUCUACACCGGCGGCGCCGCGGAGGUGAGGAAGUCACAGAGUGUUCGGAGAGAAGAGUGGAAGAUUCAGAAGUUGUUCGUCUGGCAACUCCAACGGUUUGGUUAGGUGUCGUGGAUGCUUCAUGGUGCUGCCGCGACACAGCAAAUAAUUCAUUCCUUGUAGUGAGGAAGAGUACUAAACACUGAAGAAGUGAGUACUAGAGAAGGAACAAUUAUGAAUUGUGAGCGCGUCUUUUAUCUCCUCUCUCUCUCUAUAUAUAUAUAUGUGUAUAUCUGAGUUAUGCUGCAGAAUAAUCAAAGCACCCAACAAUGAGAAAAGAUAACCUCAGAGGAGUAAGGAGUGUGUUUCUGCCACAAGAAUUGAUAAUUGAAAUCUUGUUGAGGUUGCCAGUGAAGUCUCUUGUGCGUUUCAAAUGUGUGUGCAAGUUAUGGCUCUCUUUAAUAUCUGAUCCUCACUUUGCAAUAUCACAUUUUGAACAAGCCGCCAUACACAAUGAAAGACUUGUGCUUUUGGCACCUUGUGCUCGUGAAUUCCGAUCCAUAGACUUCAAUGCAUCCCUUCACGAUAAUUCUGCUUCUGCUGCAUUGAAGCUUGACUUUCUGCCACCCAAACCUUAUUAUGUUAGAAUCCUAGGUUCAUGUCGGGGGUUUGUACUUUUGGAUUGUUGUCAAAGUCUUCACGUGUGGAAUCCAUCCACAGGUGUUCACAAACAAGUACCUCGCUCACCUAUUGUGUCCGAUAUGGAUGUCAGGUUUUUCACAUUUCUCUAUGGUUUUGGGUAUGACCCAUCAACUCAUGAUUACUUGGUGGUUCAAGCUUCUAACAACCCAAGCUCAGAUGAUUAUGCAACCCGUGUGGAGUUUUUCUCUCUCAGGGCUAAUGCGUGGAAAGAAAUUGAAGGUAUUCAUUUGUCUUAUAUGAACUAUUUUCAUGAUGUUAGAGUCGGGUCGCUCUUGAAUGGUGCUCUUCAUUGGAUUACUUGUCGUUAUGAUUUAUUAAUACAUGUUGUAGUUGUGUUUGAUUUAAUGGAGAGGAGUUUUUCAGAGAUACCUCUGCCCGUUGAUUUUGACAUUGAGUACUUCUAUGACUAUAAUUUUUGUCAGUUGGGGAUACUAGGAGAAUGUCUCAGUAUAUGUGUUGUGGGGUAUUACUGUUCCACAGAAAUAUGGGUCAUGAAAGAAUACAAAGUGCAGUCGUCUUGGACUAAGACUAUUGUUGUGUGUGUUGAUGACAUUCCUAAUCGGUACUUCUCCCAAGUUUGCUGUACAAAAAGUGGUGAUAUUGUUGGGAUAACUGGCACUACUGGAUUGGUGAAAUGUAAUGACAAGGGACAGUUGCAAGAGCAUCGAUCCUAUUGCAAUGGUCCAAAGGGGUACCAAGUGACUGUGUAUACAGAGUCUCUACUUUCACUCCCAAGUGGCAGUAAGCUAGAAGAAUAAAUGAGAAGAAUUAGGCUUUGAAAUAUUAUG